AAAGAAAAAAAAAGGAAACGUGACGUCAUUUCACAGGGACAAAGUAUAACGGGGCCAUGACUUAUUGAGUUUUAACUCCUUUAAUUCUCUCACAAUGUUGGCCUGUAAACGAAUCUGCAGUAGCACCGUAGCCUCCGCUCUUCGCAGCAGCAAAGUGGCUGUUUCUGGGCACAGGUGUCUGUCCACACAAACUGACGGAGAGGUCCGCAUCGCACAAGUACUGAAAGAGAAGUUCCCUUUGGCUUCAAAGCUCAAAGUUGUGGAUAUAUCAGGUGGCUGUGGGGCCAUGUAUGAGAUCCACAUAGAAUCCAGCGAGUUUAAAGGGAAACGGACCGUUCAGCAACACCAGUUAGUCAAUCAGGCGCUCAAGGAUGAAAUUCAAGUCAUGCAUGGCUUGAGAAUCUUUACUGACAUCCCGAAACAGUAGAAAAACACCUCCAACUUCUGCCCCUUCACCUUUUAUUGUUCACUUAGUAAAACGGUAUCGAUGCAGGAGAGCUGCUGUCACUCAGCUCAUGUGUUUGAUUGUUACAGGUAACUUGCUCGCAGCAGAAAUGCAGUUUUCCUGCAGUUACUGUAGGACACUGAUGAUGUGAAAUAAAUGUACAGUGAGAUUACACUAAGUCCUUUUAUAACUAAUGAAAAUAUAUUUUACUCAGAGAUCAUUUUAUAAAGAUCAAAGCUGAAGCACGCACAAAAGUGACUUGAUACAAUGUUAGCUUAACAUCAAGUCUUCUUCUUUGGGGUUUCUCAGGAUAGUUAGUGAGGUGUUAACCAAGCUGUCCAAGAGGAAACUCAUGCAGCUAUCAACAAUUGCAGACCCUGUUUUACAUUGUUUUCCUGAAAAUAUGACCACAUUUUAUGUUUUACAGCUCCAAAGGUGAUUUAUUUUAAACCUGCUACUAACAUUUGCGCACAAGCCUUGUGUUUAUGU